CAUGGAGAUGGUUUCAGGGUUUCUGCUGCUGCUCCUUUGUGUCUGCUGUCUCCUUAUUCUCCUGACAUGGAAGCGGCAAAGAGGCAAAGGGCUCCUGCCCCCUGGACCCACCCCACUCCCCAUCCUGGGAAAUUUUUUCCAACUGGACCGAAAGGAUAUCAUGAAGUCCCUGGUUAAGAUGAGUGAAGUGUAUGGUCCAGUAUUUACCAUGUACCUGGGAAUGCAUCCAGUUGUCAUCUUGUGUGGCUACAAAGCAGUGAAGGAGGCCUUAGUGGACCAGGCGGAGGAGUUCAGUGGACGUGGACAAGUGCCAGCUUUUUCCAAGGAUUUCAAUAAACAUGGGGUUGUGUUUUCUAAUGGGGAGCGGUGGAGGCAGCUCCGUCGGUUCACUCUUAGCACCUUAAGAAACUUUGGGAUGGGGAAACGAUCCAUCGAGGAACGAAUCCAGGAAGAAGCCCAGUACCUGGUGCAAGAAUUCCGCAAAAUGCAUGGGAUGCCCUUUGACCCCAUCUUCAUCCUCAGCCAUGCCGUCUCCAAUGUCAUCUGCUCCAUUGUCUUUGGAAAUCGGUUUGAGUAUCACGACAAAAAGUUCAUCCAACUGAACAAGCUAAUAACAAAACGAUUCCGAGUCUCCAGCUCCCCACCCGCCAUGCUCUACAACAUGUUCCCAGAGUUCUUGGAGAAGUUGCCCGGACCUCACCACACAGGAAGCAAAUGCUCUCAGGAGAUUAUCGCCUUCAUUAUGGAGAGGAUCAAGAUGCAGCAGGCCUCGCUGGAUCCCUCAGCCCCCCAGAAUUUUAUUGACUGCUUCUUAGCAAAGAUGGAGCAGGAAAAACAUGACCCAAAUACUGAAUUUACCAUGGAGAAUUUGGUCAUGAAUACUUUCAAUUUAUUCUUUGCUGGGACAGAGACAAUCAGCACCACCCUGAGAUAUGGUUUCCUCCUGCUGAUGAAGCAUCCACAGAUACAAGAAAAAGUCCACGAGGAAAUCGACCGAGUGAUUGGGCAAGAUCGGAACCCAAAUGCUCAGGACAGGAAUAAAAUGCCAUACACUGAGGCUGUGCUGCAUGAGAUCCAGAGGUUUGGCGAUGUGCUGCCCAUGAGCCUGCCCCAUUCUGUUACCCGAGACACCCAGUUCAGGGGAUAUGUCAUCCCCAAGGGAACCUAUGUCUAUCCCCUGCUCAACACUGUACAUUAUGACCAACAGCAUCAUGCCAACCCAGAAGAAUUUGACCCCGGGAGAUUCCUGGACAGCCAUGGUUGCUUUAAGAAAUUAGAGGCUUUUAUGCCUUUCUCAGUGGGGAAGCGGGCCUGCCUGGGCGAAGGACUGGCCCGCAUGGAGCUCUUCCUCUUCUUCACCACUAUCCUGCAGUCCUUCACCCUCAGCUCACCAGUACCUCAUAGUGAGAUCAGCCUUGAACCAACUGUGAGUGGCAUCAGCAGGUUACCCAUGAAAUACCAAGUCAAGAUGGUCCCACGCCGAUGUUGAUACGUCUGCUCUUGGUUUUGGUUGCUGUCACAAGCGUUGGAGAACAGAAUGUUUCCAGUUCAGGAUCUUAGCUGGGAUGCUCCAUUCCACUGACCCAGUUUUCUAAGUUUGUCUCACCAACAACCUAUCAAAUUUCACAUCCGUCAGUAUGCUCAGAUCUUUUGUAUGCCUUCCUUCAUCCAAACUGUUCACAAAGAUGAUUUUAAAAUUUGCCACUAUAUAAAACCACGUUCUAAGGACUU